AUGCCCAAGCGGGCGAUGGAGAGGCAAUUUUUGAGACUGUCUUGUAGAAUGGCGGAAUCAGAGCCGAGGUUGAGUAACUAUACAUUUUCUACUAUUUUAAACGAUUUGGCUAUCUCAGGUGAUCUUAGAGCUGGCCAGAUGCUCAAUGGCCACGAAGACGAGUUUACUCUUGCCAAUCUCAUUAGUGAUGCCCCUGAUCUUGGUGACUUGAGUUAUUGCCAAAGCAUCCAUGCCUGUUCUUACAAAUUUGGUUACGAAUCUGAAGAUUUAGUCAGUAAUGCAUUGAUUGCAAUGUACAUCAAAUUUCAAGCAAUUUAUGAGGGAUGUCGUGUGUUUAAUGCAAUGACUCGUUGGGAUGUAGUUUCGUGGAAUGCCCUCUUAUCAGGAUUUCAUGAUGAUGAAAUCUCUAAUCAAGGACCUAAGCUUUUCAAGCACAUGCUUGCUGAAGAAAACUUUGAGUAUGAUGGCAACAUGGGCACCACUUUGAUUGACACGUAUGCCAAGUACGGGGCCUUGGAAUAUGAAGAAGUGUUUUUGGCAGAUCGAAUGAGAAAGACAUCUUUGCUUGGACAGUUAUCAUUUCAAGUUAUUCACAGGCUGAUCAAGGAGAGAGAGCUGCUUGCUGCUUCAAUCAGAUGCGAAGGGAAAGGUGUUGAGCCCAACGAGUUCACUCUAGCUAACUGUUUGAGGGCUUGCUCUGAGAUAACAAGCCUUGAGAAUGGCCGGCAGCUGCAUUCUUUGGUCAUUAAGGGUGGGCAGUCUUUUGACUUUUUGUAG